GUUCUCCUGGCUUAAAAACAAAUCCAAGUAGUAGUUUAAAAACGAACGUCUUAGAUACCGUAACAAGAAAACAUGUUAAAGAUAAAACCUUUAUCAGAGGAAUUACAAAAAGUAGCAAAAACUGAAUUAUCAGAAGUACCCAAAAGAAUACCCGAUGAUUUGUUAGCCUUGAAAACUUGGCUAAAACAGCAGCCACAUUUAAAGGCCCGUCAAGAUGAUCAGUUUUUAAUACAAUACCUGCGUGGUUGUAAGUACAGUUUAGAGAAGGCAAAGAUCAAAUUGGAUCUUUUCUUUACCUUGAAAACAAAAUUUCCGGAGUUUUUAAAUGUCACCGAUGUACAUGAUCCCAUCUUUAGGAAAAUGUAUAAUUAUGGACUUUGCGGCCCUUUACCCAGACCGUUGAACGAUAAUGAGGCUCGCAUUUAUUAUACCAAAUAUGAUGAUGAUGUCGCUAAGGGUCUAGUGGAUUUCGAUGAACUUUAUCGUGUUACAAAUGCUAUGCAUGAAAUUGUUAUUAUGGAUGAUCCUUAUGCCUGUAUAAAUGGUAUUAUUUAUAUAAUGGAUUUGAAAGGCAUCACCUUAAAUGCGGCCUCAAAAUAUACCCCAACAUUUUUGCGUAAACUUAUACAAUAUUAUGAGAAAUCUUUACCUUUACGUAUUAAGGGUGUUCACUUCAUAAAUACGCCGGGAUUUUUUCAUAGUGUUAUAAGUAUGGUUAUGCCAUUGUUGUCGGAAAAACUGAGACAAAGGAUUUCCGUUAACGGUCAAAACUAUGAAAGUUUAUAUAAAAUAGUACCCAAGAAGUACUUGCCCCUUCACUUGGGCGGCGAAAAUGGUUCAAUGGAUGAAAUUUUCAAAGAAUUCGAUAAAAAAUGGUUGGAAUAUGAGAAUUAUUUUAAGGACAAUAUCAACUAUGGCACCAAUGAGAAAUUACGACCUGGUAAACCGCUCGAUUUUGACAGUAUGUUUGGUAUGGGUGGCUCGUUCCGGAAAUUAGAUUUGGAUUAAAGAAUAUACUAUAUGUUAUUCCUGGGGGUUCCAAAGGGGAUAAUAUUGUUUUAUUGUAAUAUAAAUUAAUAAAUAUUAGUAAAAUAGUUUGGA